AUGUGUCAUAUUGCCCUACGCUACGCCUGUCCACAGAACAUCCUCACCUUUACGCCUAAGUGGUGGUUGGUUGAUGCUUCGGGGGUCCCUGUUGGACGGUUAGCGACGCAAUUGACCGCUGUGCUUCAGGGCAAGAACAAACCUAUCUACCAUCCCUCAGUCGAUGUUGGUGACUAUGUUGUCGUCAUCAACGCAGAGAAGAUUGCGCUGAGCGGAAAAAAAUGGGACCAGAAAGUAUACAGGCACCAUACGGGGUAUCCUGGUGGUUUAAAGUCAAUCAAGGCCAAGAACCUGUUGGAAAAGAAGCCUACCGAGAUCAUUCGUAAAGCCACAUACGGGAUGUUACCGAAGAAUGACCUCCGUCUACAACGUAUACGUAAACUUCACGUGUUUCCUACUGAGAAGCAUCCCUUCGCCGACAAUGUAGGCCAGAACAUAAUCACACCCACCAAAACCGGAGGGAAGAUGUACGGCAAGAGCAAAGAGAUACCGCUAGUAGUUGAGAUGCUGGAAAUCAAGUGA